UUGCUGUGAAUUUUAUGUUAAGCUCCUAUGAAGACUUUCGUUUUCAUUUCUUGUUGACACUGCAUUGAUGUUGUUAUAGUUGGUUGCUAGUUCAAACAAACAUGGCCGGCUUGGAGGUGUUAUACUCCUGUGUCGGUGGCAGCAUUAGCUGUCCACAGGACGCCGUGGUGUGCUUCGUUCACUGGGAAAUGAUAAAGAGUGGAUACAGGUGCAUCGGUUCUGGAGACGAGCCCAAAGGCAGUGAUAAGAAGUCCGAGCUGCUGCCUACUGACUGGAACAGCAACAGGGAGGAACUGUACAGUCUGCGAUACAAAGCCAAAGACAGUGAGACACAGUUGCUGCUUAAAGCCAUCUCUGUCGACUCCACCCUGAUCUUCAACUUGAUGAACUCCGGCACACAGCAGGUGUCAGACUUGACGGUGAACAUCAGCGAUCACGUGGAGGCCGACCAGCUGCACACAUUUGACAGUGUGUUCAAGGACACAGACAGUCUGUCAGAAAAGGUGAAAACUCAGCUGAUGCCCGCUCAGGGGCGAGCGCCAGGACAGAGGACGAGUCGGAGGGACGAGGAGGACGAGCGGAGGAGAAGAGAGGACAGCGACCCCCUCCGCAUCCCCAUCAGACAGCCCCGACAGGGACCCCCCCCACACUGGUGCGUUAACACAGGAGGCUGCCUCUUCAAAUCCAUACAUAGGAAGUAUUCUUCUGAGUUAAUGUCUGAUAACAUGUCUUAUAUAAGCUACAAGAGUUCAAAAUAUACUGAUAUAUUUUUAUACUAUAUAUCAAUAGUGUCACAUUUUAAAAUCUUUGUUUUAGAUUGAAUGAUUUGCAUUUUA